AUGGCGACAUCAAAAACCAUCUCAGCAGCUCUAAAACUCGUUGACAACAAAAAAGACAAUCUCAAAAAAGCAUACGAUGAUCUUCAAUCUCACUCUUCUCUCUUCUCUUCCUUCCCUCUUUCAUGGUCCCACAUCGAUUCUCACUUCACUUCAAUCCACAAUUCUCUCUCUCAACGUUUCCUCCAUCUUCAAUCCCUCGAAUCGCAAUUCCAACUAAAUCACAACGACCCAUCAACUUCCCCUUCCAAAAAACCCAAACCUGAACCCAAAGUUUCAAACUUAUCAUCAUUCCCUAACGACCCAUCUUCGUUUUCUAACCCUACAACGCAAAACGGUACCGUUUCAGUCUCUGUAACUCAUUUAGAACCUUUGAGUAAAUUCUGCAAGGAAAGUGAUGGAAAAGGGUUGAGGUAUUACAUUGGUGAGAAUUGGCAAGUUUGA